AUAAAAGCGCAAGUGUAUUUAUUUCGUUGGAUGCGUAUUAUUAUUAUUUUUGUUGUUGGGGGGUGGUGCGGGGGGGGGGUUUCGACCCGAGACACAUUAUUAAUUUCUUAUACGAAAGAAGGGGAAAUAAUUCAACAUAAAAUGGCGAAUAAAUUGUCAUUCAAAUUGUAGGUUUAUUUUUGAUAGAAUAGCAGUGUCCAGCUCAGUAAGCCGUUUGACAACAAUCGUCGUGUGAUCCUGGUAUCCCAUGGUUGAUGAUGGAGGAGACCGGUCCUCGUAUAGCAGACUACUUUGUGGUAGCAGGGCUCACUGACUCCUCCAAGCCCUUAGAGGAGGAACUGCAGCUGGACGAUAUUCCUGGUCGCUUUCCCCGCUCGGCCCCUGGUGGUCGGCCCCUGGCCCCCAUCACAGACGUAGCUGUGGUUAUAUGCUCACUGGGGGAAGCGGUUCCUCAGGGUUACACCUGCCUCGAGUCCACUCCGUCUGGUCUGUCUGCAGAGCUGAACGGAGCCAGUCUCAGAGGGCCUCAGAUUUACCUCUGCUACAAGAGAGGUCGCGAUAAACCUCCUCUCACUGAUCUGGGGGUUCUGUUUGAGUGGAAGGAGAAGCUGAAGCCUGGCUGUCACAUCGUCCAAACCACUCCCUCUGGUCGCCCUGCCAACAUCAGUAGCUCCUCCUCCCAGCGCAUCUACAUCACCUAUCGCCGCUCCCCGCAGAGCCAGCCUCACACGUCAUUGGCUGUCACAGAUGUCUGCAUCAUCAUCCCGGGCAAAGGGGAGACGCCCCCUCACACCUUCUGCAAGGUGGACAAGAACCUCAACAGUAGUAUGUGGGGAUCCUCAGUGUACCUGUGUUACAAGAAGUCACUGGCUAAAACCAACACAAUCGCUUACAACGCAGGUCUGUUGUGUAGGUACCCAGAGGAGGACGAUGAGUCCUUUCCCCUGCCGGAGUCUGUUCCUCUGUUCUGUUUACCCAUGGGAGCUAGCAUCGAGUUCUGGCCAGCUCACACCAAACACUCCCUGCCUGUCUUCUCUACCUUUGUACUGACUGGGGCUUCUGGGGACAAGGUGUAUGGAGCUGCCAUCCAGUUCUAUGAGCCGUACCCAGAGGACCAGCUGAGUGAGAGGCAGCGUUCUCUCCUGGGGCUACCGGGCACGUGCAGUAGCGGCGAGGGGACAAAGAGCGUUCACGCUAACAAGAGUAUCUGUUUGCUGUCACACUGGCCGUUCUUUGACUCGUUCAGGAACUUCCUGACGUUUCUCUACAGAUACUCCAUCUCUGGACCCCACGCUCUGCCCAUAGAGAGGCACAUCUCCCACUUCAUGCACAAAGUCCCGUUCCCCUCUUCGCAGAGGCCGCGAAUCCUAGUACAGCUGUCUCCACAUGAUAGUCUGAUGCUGAGCCAGCCUGUCUCCUCCCCUCUGCCUCUCAGUGGUGGCCGCCUCUCCACGCUGCUCCUUAACCUGGGUCCUAAGAAUGCGACCACUCUGCUGGUUCUGACUGUAACAGAACACAAGAUCCUGGUCCACUCUCUCAGACCGGCCGUGCUGACCAGUGUUACGGAGGCCCUGGUGUCGAUCAUCUUCCCCUUCCACUGGCCGUGCCCCUACAUCCCUCUGUGCCCGCUUGCCCUGGCAGAUGUUCUCUCUGCCCCGUGCCCUUUCAUCGUGGGCGUCGACUCACGUUACUUUGACCUCUACAUGCCUCCUCCCGACGUCUGCUGUGUCGACCUGGACACCAACAACAUAUUACAUAAAGAGGAGAAAAGGGCCCUAACUUGGAAGAUACUACCACAGAAAGCCUGCAAACAUCUCCUCAAUACCCUGGGUAGUCUGUACCAACAGCUGACUGAAGGUGGCCAAGUCAACGGCGACGACGGUCUGAUGGAGCCCACUGCGAGUGACCCAGACCUGGCGAGCGGAGGGAAGAGCCUCCACACGCUAGAGAUGCAGAUCCAGGAAGCAUUCCUUAGGUUCAUGGCGGCCAUAUUGAAAGGGUACCGCUCUUACCUCCUCCCCAUCACGCAGGCCCCUUCCGAAAGGACCACGGACGCAAGCUCGCUGUUCGACUUGCAAGGGUUCUUAAAGAGCCGGGAUCGUUCCCACCAGAAGUUCUACUCCCAGAUGAUCAGGACCCAGAUGUUUAUCCGGUUCAUCGAGGAAUGUUCCUUCGUCAGCGAUAAAGAUGCCAGUCUGGCCUUCUUCGACGAGUGUGUUGAUAAGCUUUACAGCAAUGGAAGCAAGAUUCAGAUGGACAGUGAUGUCCCAGAAGACACCUGGUUGAUAGAGCUGGACGAGUCCCAUCGCAGUGAACACACUGUCUACAUCAACCCUCCUGAACUAAGAUCGUUGGCACAGGGAGAAGAGCAUCCUCUCUGUUACAGCUACUCUGGGUUUCCGGUGCUGAGUCGUGAUUUGUUGGCGCUCCAGGAUGGACCUCAUCCCCCCUCAGCCAGCCUGACACAGAGACACACCAGUCCAGCCAGCCCCGCAGCCAUCUUUAGACGCUCCAAACAGGAGAUCCGCUCAGCCCAGAGGAUGGCUAAAACACACGCCUCCGUCCCCCAGAUGUGGUCUAAGUGUCUACUGCGUCACUGUUACGGCCUGUGGUUCAUAUGCCUGCCAGCCUAUGCCAGCGCAUGCCACUCCAAGGUGCGGGCACUACGCAUGGCGUACGACAUCCUCAGGAAGAUGCAGGACAAGAAGCUGCAGGCGCCUGAUGAGGUGUGUUACCGGGUGUUAAUGCAGCUGUGUGGACAGUACAGCCAGCCUGUCCUGGCGGUCAGAAUCCUGUUUGAGAUGAAGAAGGCUGGAGUCCAUCCCAACGCCAUCACCUAUGGUUACUACAACAAGGCGGUGUUGGAGAGCACGUGGCCGUCCAAUACCAGAGGAGGCUACUUCCUGUGGGCCAAGCUGAGGAAUGUGGUCCUGGGAGUGGGACGAUUCAAACAGCUGGGACGGAAACAGAUGGUGCAGAACCAAACCCAGAGCAGAGACACACAGCUAUCAGACUACAGUGAUCUGGACACAGUCAGUCAUGGUAGUGAAGACAGUACUAACGACUCAGUUGAGCGGGUCUCAAUCGAUACAGACUUCACUAAGAUGGACUCCAGCGAUGAUGGAUCAAGCACAGGUGGCCAAUCAGACCAAGGCUAUGACUCUCUAUCCAAGGAGGAAGAGAGGAUGAUGGGAAGGGACAGCGACAGAACACCACUAGCGCAGGAGAAGUCAGAGAGGGAGUCUUGUCCUCUGAGAAGACAGGACCACAUUACCACACCCGGUGACUCCAACAGACCAAAGAACCGAAGACUGAGGCCCAAUUCCCUGGAUCUGACCGGAGGACAGAGGACUCUCAGGACCAUCACACUUAACUUCACCUCCAACACCAUGCAGGUCCGGGGCCCUGCUCCAAAACGGCCGCCGCCUCCGAACUGCAAACCUGGGAAAGCUGAAGCCAGUCAGGCUGAUCCUACCCAGAACCAGGAGAGAUUGGAUGGAGGAGAGAGGGAGGAGAUAGAAGGUAGUAAGAACAGACAUACACCUGCCAUGGAGGUGGGAAGGAGGAUUGUGAGCUGCAGUGGUGGAGACACUGAAAGGCCUGCAACCUGCAGUGUUAGUGGAGAUGGGACCGAGGCUGCAGAUUGCAGUGUUAGUGGAGAUGGGACCGAGGCUGCAGAUUACAGUGUUAGUGGAGAUGGGACCGAGGCUGCAGAUUACAGUGUUAGUGGAGAUGGGACCGAGGCUGCAGAUUGCAGUGUUAGUGGAGAUGGGACCGAGGCUGCAGAUUGCAGUGUUAGUGGAGAUGGGACCGAGGCUUCAGAUUGCAGUGUCUCCAAACAGAGCAGUGUAAAAAACAGCGGUGAAACCGUGGACAGAGCCAUCAAGAGGACAGGUAUCGUUGAGACUGGCUUUGACCCUCUGUCCAUUAUAGCAGCUGAGACUGAGACGGACACAGAGACGGAGGGUGAUGUGGACAGUAGCAGUACCCACGCAGCCCGCCGAGACCUGGCAGAAGAGAUAGAGAUGUACAUGAAGGUUCUGAGCCCUCUGAGCAGCAGGACGGCCAGCAUGGACCUUCAGAACCCAUCCAGCCCGUUACUCCACGCCACCUCCACCCCAUCUAAACACUCAUCCCAUCGACCUCGGCCCCUCAGCCUGACCUACUCCCCAUGUACCUCCCCUCGACCCCUUCCUCCCUUGCUUCGUGCCAACUCACAACUCCCCCUCUCCAGGCCCAAAGAACGUCUCCGUCCCUCCUCGUUGGUCUCCCCCUCCUCCCCUACUCCUUCCUCAACUUUCUCCAUGGACUCCCUCCUCACACCAACUCUUAGUCUGGACAUGUUUAAGAGCAGCUUCCUGUCGGCAGGGAAAGGGGUGGCUGAGAAGGCUAGCAGGCUCUACUCUCGCCUGUCAUCACAGACAUCACUCUCACAGGAUGUGAACUGUGACCAGAUCAGCGUGUCAUCAAUGACCUCAGUGGACCCAGAAUGCACCUCUCUGUUGGAAGAAGGCUCUGUCCUGGACCCUGAAGGUUUCACCUCCUCCUACGCCUCCCCCCAGCACGACAGCGUCACGUGCCUGAGGAGGAGCCCAGCCAGGGGACGCCUCGUCUCUCAGAGCCCCACCUCGCCCUGCAAGGUGUUCCGCCACAACUCCUUCUCUAGUGGUUUGGCUCCUCCCUCUAGAGGUCCCCAGACUCCAGACUCCUCUCCUGAUGCCUCCCGCUUCCACCUCCGUCACCACUACACUACCGAGGUGUUGAUGUGCAGCUGCAGUCGCUGUAAGACAUGUGACUGCCUGGUGUAUGAUGAAGAGAUCAUGGCAGGAUGGACGGCCGAGGACUCCAACCUCAACACCACCUGUCCCUUCUGUGGCUCUUCCUUCCUGCCCUUCCUUACUGUGCACAUCAGGGACCUGAGACGCAGGACCAGUGACGAGAGUCACCAACCUUUAGUAGAGGACUCUGAGGGUGUAGCUGGAGCACUGAUACCCCAGUCAGCCACAGCUCCAGCAGAGGAGCGACAGGACUCUGAGGGUGUAGCUGGAGCACUGAUACCCCAGUCAGCCACAGCUCCAGCAGAGGAGCGACAGGACUCUGAGGGUGUAGCUGGAGCACUGAUACCCCAGUCAGCCACAGCUCCAGCAGAGGAGCGACAGGACUCUGAGGGUGUAGCUGGAGCACUGAUACCCCAGUCAGCCACAGCUCCAGCAGAGGAGCGACAGGACUCUGAGGGUGCAUCUGGGUGUCCACAGGACCUUGUCCCAGGCCCAACUUCAGAUCCAAACUCUCCCCCACCUCCAGCCUCUCCCCCAUCCCCUGCCUCGACUACAACUUGUAGUUCUCCAACCCCAACCCCAUCUCCUUCUCCACCAGCCCCAGUGACGGUCCCUUACCUGAGUCCCUUGGUUCUGUGGAAAGAGCUCGAGUCUCUGCUGGGUAAUGAAGGCGACCAGGUGAUCAGUUCUCCCAGCAUCGUGGACCAGCACCCUAUCGUAUUCUGGAACCUGGUGUGGUACUACCGAAGACUGGAACUCCCUUCUCACCUGCCCGGUCUCAUACUGACCUCACAGCACUGCAGCCAGGGACACGUACUACAGGUCCCAGCCCAGAGUGUGUCUUCAGAGGACAGUAAACAUGUCCUGGUCCGCAUCCUGUGGGACAACCCGUCACUACACCAGGACUCUGUCCAGGCCCUGUACAUGCUCUGGCACGCACACUUCUCUGUCCCUUCAGCCAGAGGAACAGUUUUUGAGGAGGGCCAGCCCCAGGAUCAUAUCUUCUCCUCUGAGGUCCUACAGGGUAUAGUGAGGAGCAUUCAGAAGGGAGAUGUUUACCAGCCCAUGAGUCAGGUCCUACAGCUGCUGGGACCAGAGCUGGGCUUCAGUAGACAGAGGAGUUUGUACAGAGAUCUCCUCUUCCUGGCGUUAACCGCUCUGGGGAAGAGCAACAUCAAUACUGAUGUGUUUGAUCGUGAGUACAAGGUCGCUUACGAUCGCCUCAGCCCCAGCCAGGUGAAGAUGACACACAACUGUGACCGGCCCCCAGGGGCAGGGGUCAUGGAAUGUAGGAGGAUAUUCGGGAAGCCCAGUCUGUGAUCUCUCCACCUCACCUCCUCUGGAGGAACUUUAGGCAGUCCAGUCUCCCCACCUCCCCUUGGCUGCUAUCCAUCCAUCCCAUCCCAUCCCUCCCAAAACAUGACUGCUGCUCACUUACUACCAGCCCCUCUCUCUGGCCCCUCUCUCUCUCUCUGGCCCCUCUCUCUCUCUCUGGCCCCUCUCUCUCUGGCCCCUCUC